AUGUCUUCAACCUCUUCUGAGCAUCUUUGUCGUUACACAAAAUUCUCAAUUUUUACACACGUGUUUGAAAACUUGAAAAUUCUUACACUUCAAACACAAAGGUUGACAGGCAAAACAAUGACAUCCGAGAAAAUGCAACAAAAAAUUAAUUUAACAUUGAAUAAAAAAAGUAUUUUCUCAAAUGGUCAUGACUUGACAAAUGAUUGA